AUUUCGUCUGCGCUGCUCCCCACGAAACAGGACUCAAGACGCGACGCGUCAAACUGGAACGCUACCGUUAUGACGCGACGCGACACAAAAAGUUAUGCAAGUAAAUACAUUGCAAUAACAAACUAGGAUUGCGUCAGUUUGUUGACUGUUUUAUUAAAAUGAGAGUUUUCUAGUUUUGUCGCGUCGCGUCAGUUUUGCGUCCCAUUGCGCCCCGUUUAGGUGUUUAUCAACGACGCGUCCUCUAAGGCCAGUUUUCAAAUGAGAUAAUUCGUCAUCCAAUGCUGACAGGCUGUUAGGACGUCAUGACAGCCGAGAAGUCGAUUCCCAUUAUAAAUGGAAAAGCAGACGACACGAUGGACCCGGAGACGUUAAACCCGAGCGCGGUGCGCAAGAAGGACAAGAAGAUUGUGAAUGAAAGAGGGCAGUGGAAUAAUAAGCUUGAGUUUAUACUGUCAGUGGCUGGAGAGAUUAUCGGCCUUGGCAAUGUAUGGAGAUUCCCAUAUCUGUGUUACAAGAACGGUGGAGGUGCUUUCUUUGUACCUUAUGUCAUUUUCUUCGUCUGCUGUGGCAUCCCGGUGUUUUUCCUGGAAACAGCUUUGGGUCAGUUCACUAGUGAAGGGGGCAUCACAUGUUGGCGAAAAGUCUGCCCACUCUUUGAAGGCAUUGGCUAUGCGACCCAAGUCAUUGAAGCCCAUCUAAAUGUUUAUUACGUGGUCAUAUUGGCCUGGGCUAUUUUCUACCUGUUCAACUGCUUCACGACAGAACUGCCCUGGGCAUCGUGUGGUCACUACUGGAACACGGAAAACUGUGUGGACUAUAACAAUGAAAGUAUUGCCAACCUUAGCAACCCAUACGCCACAUCACCUGUCAUAGAGUUUUGGGAGCGGCGUGUCCUUCGCAUAUCCUCUGGAAUCGAAGAAGUCGGCAGCCUUCGCUGGGAACUUGCGCUCUGUCUUGCGAUAGCCUGGAUCAUAUGUUAUUUCUGCAUUUGGAAAGGUCCCAAAUCAACAGGAAAGGUGGUGUAUGUCACUGCAACCUUCCCAUAUUUCAUGCUAUUGAUUCUUCUUCUUCGAGGAAUAACACUGCCAGGAGCUGCUAAUGGAAUUAAGUUCUACCUGUAUCCUGACAUGUCUCGUCUGUCAGACCCUCAGGUAUGGGUGGAUGCUGGGACUCAGAUAUUCUUCUCAUAUGCCAUAUGUUUGGGUUGCCUGACUGCUCUUGGCAGCUACAACAGCUAUAAUAACAACUGCUACAAGGACUGUAUCAUGCUGUGCUGUCUGAACAGUGGCACGAGUUUUGUGGCAGGAUUUGCCAUCUUCUCUGUGCUGGGAUUUAUGGCAUAUGAACAGAAUGUGCCAAUAGAGGCGGUGGCAGAGUCAGGUCCUGGUCUAGCAUUCAUAGCAUAUCCUAAAGCUGUGACCAUGAUGCCAUGGGCUCCACUCUGGGCCUGUCUCUUCUUUUUAAUGCUCAUCUUCCUUGGAUUGGACAGUCAGUUCGUAUGUGUGGAAAGUCUUGUGACGGCAAUCGUGGACAUGUAUCCUAAAACCUUCCGUGUGGGCUAUCGGAGAGAAAUGCUAAUCCUGGGCAUGUCGGUGGUCUCCUUCUUGCUAGGUCUAAUAAUGUUAACAGAGGGUGGCAUGUAUGUCUUCCAGCUCUUUGACUCAUAUGCAGCCAGUGGCAUGUGUCUGUUAUUUGUGGCCAUCUUUGAGUCCAUCUGUAUCGGCUGGGUCUAUGGUAGCGACAGAUUUUAUUUGAACAUUGAAGACAUGAUUGGAUUCAAGCCCAUCUUCUUCAUCAAAUGGUGCUGGAAGUUUUUCACUCCUGGCAUCUGCACUGGGAUCUUUCUGUUCUUCUUGAUCAAAUACAAGCCUCUGAAGUAUAAUAAUGUGUACACAUAUCCAGACUGGGGUUAUGGCAUCGGAUGGAUGAUGGCUCUGUCCUCAAUGGUGUGCAUCCCUGUGGGAAUCUUAUAUCAGAUCUGGAAAACGAAGGGAACCUUCCGUGAGAGAAUCAAAAAGCUGACCACGCCCAGCCCCGACCUGAAAAUGAGGGGCCGUCUCGGGUCCAGAGGUCCAUGUGCUAUCAAUGACGCUGAUGCCAAAAUGAGGGCGGAUGGCAAGAUCUCCACCAUCACAGAGAAGGAGACACAUUUCUAAACCCAAGACACGGACAUCACCGACACAAGACAUCGAAAAAUGAUGUUUGCCUUUAUUUUUAAAAAGAGAGAAACCUAUUAUCACAUUUGUAGUCUUGGUUGUUUUGCACAAACAGGUAACAUGUCACAAUUUAAUGUCAUGAUUGUAUGGGUAUCUAAAUCUAGAUGAGAAUGUCUUUACAUCGUGUCUCUCUUUGUCACGUUAGUCAAUUCUGUACCUCUAGAAAGACGGGCUGUAAAAUGGUUUUGCGCAUUGACUCUUGGCCCUGUGCGAAUUACUGUAGUGUACUUUUCUAAUGGGUAGAAAAUGUUUUGAGGACCACUCCAAAUGGUGGCUGUAUGUUUGUAGAUGAGGCUCAGUGUGUUGUCAAAUGUGCUGCAAAUCUCUGUCUAGCAGCUAGCAGGCGAGCGGGACGUAGCAAGCUCGUUCACUGCAGCGUCGAACGCGCCUCGAAUUCUGGCCCAUUUCACACCAAUUAAACAGAGUUUAAUUGAAGCUGACAGACCAAACACAGAUUAUGAUUUUUUUUUCAGAGUAGUGGUCCAGAGGGUGGACAGUACAUCACACUAUCACUGUGAUGUUUUUGUGAUGUUUAAAGGCAGUCUGAUGGUUAAAGAAAUGCAGAUGAAGAUUUGGUUUGCAUGUUGGGAAAGCAUCAAACGGAAAGUGCAUCCAAGAAUGAAAAUUCUGUAAUUUUCUAGUUCAAGUUUUUGGAUCUGUUACGU